AUGGAGCCAGCUUUGUUGGCUACGCUACCAGCAGAACUGAUAUGCGCAAUACUAUCAUCCUUGGCUUCUGCUGAUGACCUACUCUCUAUGAUCCUCGCUUCGAAACAAAUUUACGAGUCCUUCAAAUCCACAAGGAAGAGCAUUCUCUUAGCGGUCGCUCAAAAUUCGCUGGGUGCGCAUAUACUCGCUGAUGGACUUAUCACUGUCCGCUAUCUUAAGAAACGAUCCGAUGAUAGCGUUUUUACUACACGGCGCCAUCCUACGCCUCUGGAUCAAAAUAUUCUUAAGGACAGGAAUGAUACUUCCACAUCGCUCCGAUUACCGUUGACGGAGUGGAUACUCUUCUUCCAGUAUCAGCGGGUGGUUGAAGACUUUGUCCAUGAUUACGCCUCACGUCAGCUGGUGAAGUAUGGUGGACCACCUCUGAGCACCACUGAGCUCUACCGGCUUCGGCGGGCUUUCUACAGAUAUGACACCUUUCAGACUAUAAACCUUUUGACAAUGGACAUGCGCGGAUCCGAACGCAACAUGGUGGUGUGGCCAGCUCUCCUGACUGAGUAUGCAACUUCACCCUGGGAAGUAGAAGAAGUCAUGUGCGUGCAUCAGUACGUCAUUGAGCGACUCGAGGAGGUUCUCGACCAGGUAGAAACUGAAUACAUUGAAUCAGUUGUGGCCUCGACGCAAGCUACCGCAAGCCUCGGUGGUGAUCCUGACGAGACAAGAUGGCACAGUAAAGGAGUUGCGACAUCUUCUAGAGACCACCCAUCUCAUUUCUAUGAAACCGAUAUCGAACACGACGAGGAUGCGCGAUCAUUCUUCUGGACAUCAGAAAAGCGGUAUCAAAUUCUCAACACAGAGUAUUUGUCCACUUUCGGACUACGAUUUCUUCGCCGACUUUUCCACUUGACAGACAAGAGAACCAGAAGGGCGAUUGUAGCGGAGAACUCUGGCCUACUUGCAUGUACUUUAGCCGAUGCUCUACUACCCUCCGUCAACCCUUUCAAGCAGGAGAAGCAGGAUCUAGAAGAGGGAAAGCCACUUGAUUUUGAAGGCGAUGCACCGGACAAACGCAACUUGGGCUGGCUAUGGGCGAAUCAGUACUUACCCACGCCCUACUACGCAUCACCGUGUGAUUUUGACUUCAGAUCAUGGGGCUACGUAUUCUGGGAUCGUCCGCGGUUAGAGUACCUCAACGUCAUCAAAGAACCAUGCCCCAGAGUGGACCGAAAUCGCUCCCCGCAGAAGAGAGAUCGUGGCAGGGAGAAGAGUGUGGAAGAGAAGUUGAGAGAAAUGAACAUCAUUGAGGAACGCACUGAUUUUCAAUUUUACUGA